AUGGCGACCCGCCUGCGCAGAUCCUUUCCCCCCAUUUUAUCCUCUCCAUCCGCCUCCAGACGGCUGAGCAGCGGCGGCGCUGGCAAGGGGGCAGAAGACGACGCCGUGGUCGCCGACGUGAUCUCCGUCCUAAGAGAGCAGCGAUGCCGGAGCCGGUGGGGCUUCCUCAGAUCCCUCUACGGAGCCACGGGGUUCACCUCCGAGCAGGCGACCCAGAUCACCCUCGGCCUGCGGAGCAACCCGCGGCUGGCUUUUCGCUUCUUCCGGUGGUCGGAGGCGUCUUCUCUCUGCCACCACGACCUCUCCUCCUACGCUGCCAUGGUCCACGUCCUCGCCCGCGCCCGCCUCAGAUCCGCCGCCGUCUCUCUCAUCCACUCCGCCAUCCUGCUCGUCUCCGGCCGCGGCGGCGGCAGGCGAGAGGGUGAGGACGCGCCUAGAGAGGUUCUCGCGGCCCUCGUCAAGUCCUACCGUGUCUGCGAUUCCACUCCGCUGGCCUUCGACCUGCUGGUUAGGGCAUGCCUUCAGGCCAGGCGUGUCGACCAGGCGGUGGAGAUCGUCGGCAAGCUCAGGAAAAGGGCCAUCUUCCCCACCGUCUCCACCUGCAACGAGCUGAUACGCACAGUCUCAGCGGCCAGAGGAGCCGCCGCCGGGCUCGCCAUCUACGAAGAGCUCUUCGGAGCCGGCGAUGGCGGGGGACGGCCCAGGGGGAGCAUUUCUCCCAAUGUGCAGACCUUCAACGCCCUUCUCCUUGCGUUCAACAGGGAGGGCAGAUCGGGAGACGGCGGCGAGAGAAUCCGAAGAGACAUGGAAAGGUACACCUGCAGGCCGAACUGCUUCACCUACAGCAUUCUAAUGGCGGGGCUCUGCGAAGGUGGAAGAGUUGAGGCGGCGAAGGCCCUCUUCCGAGAGAUGGCAGCGGAGGGAAUCAAACCCGACGCGACGGCGUACAACACCGUGAUUGGCGGCCUCUGCGGGGCCGGAGAGAUGGGGAGAGCAGAGGAGCUCUUCCGGGCAAUGACACUGGAAGGGAUCGACCCCACGUCCACAAGCUACGAGAAGCUGAUCGCCGGUCACUGCACGGCGGGGGACGUCGGCGGUGCCGCCGACCUGUACGAGGAAAUGCUCAGGAAGGGUUUCAGGCCGGAGGGCUCCACAGUGGGGCGGCUCAUCGAUGCACUCUGCGAGAAGGGAAGAGUUGCAGAGGGGCUGCGCUUGCUGAGGAGGGAGAUGGAAAGCGUGGGGGGCCUCUUCGCCCCCUCCCGGGAGAUGUUCCUCUCUCUGAUCAAGGGACUCUGCCAAGAAGGAAAGGUGGAGGAGGGGCUGAAGUUGCAGGCAGAGAUGGCCGGGAGGGGAUUCCAGGCCGACUCGGAGAUUUACAGAGCUUUCCUCGACGGGUACCUGCGACGGGGCGAUGCUCUGCUUGCAGGGAAACUGAGAGACGAAAUGCUCAGCCGAGGAUUAGCACCUGGACGAGAACCGGAUACGUGA